AUGGAGGUUCCCAUGGGGUUUAAUAACUAUGAAGGUGCCUAUUUGCCCAAUAAGUGUAAAGUUACGCUUAAGAAUAAGCAGCUAUGGAAUCAGUUCCACAACUUGGAAACCGAGAUGAUCAUCACCAAGUCUGGACGACGUAUGUUCCCAUCUCUCCAGAUUCAGAUAAGCAAUCUAGAGCCGCACUCCCUGUACUGUGUUUUCUUGGAAAUGGUACCCGCGUCCAGAUGCCGAUACAAGUACUCAUCUUCAGGUGGGUGGGCUCCAGCAGGUUCCGAAGAAGCUCAGAGCCCCCACAGGUUGUACUUACAUCCUGAAGGACCAGCAAAGGGUGAAUAUUGGAUGUCGCAACCAGUGAGCUUCGGGAGGUUGAAGCUGACUAAUAUGCCCGCCCCUCCAGCUGGACAGAUUGUUCUGUCGUCAAUGCACAAAUACCAGCCACGUAUAAUCAUCGCAAAAACCUCAGAUCCAAGAACGUUAGCCUGGGCCCCAAGCAGUUCCGUAGUCUUUCCUGAAACUCAGUUCAUCGCCGUUACAGCGUACCAAAACGAAAAAAUCACUCAGCUUAAGAUCGACAAUAAUCCGUUUGCCAAAGGUUUCCGUCAAAAUGGCCAAGCGAAGUGCAAGAGGAAGAGGAUUUGCGUAGAAGAAGACAAGGAGGAGGAGGAGCCGAUUUGUGUUACUGACGAUGAUAUGGAACGGAUUAAUGGAAGCAGCAAUUCGAUUUCAGACUUGGAUGUUGGAUCGCCUAGAAGCAGAUCAGCAUCCGAGAGUGAUAAAGCGUCGGUGUGUUCCUCGCCAUUGUCAAGACAAGGCAGUCCUACCGUUAAGUGUGCUAAGACUAACGAUAUGACCGAUGUGGCUUCUGGUAGAUCAUUGAAUUCUACUUCAGUAGCGCCGUCGUUGUCAUCUCCCUCAUUUUGUCCUUAUCCUAUGGUUCCGAAUAAUCCUUACUAUCCCUACUUUUCGUUUCCUUACGGUUAUGGAUCUGGUUACUCCUACCCUCUGCCAGAGUAUUACCAAAGGGGAGCAGUACCGCCAUAUUAUUAUGGUUUUACAAGGAUGGAAGCAAAGCCGUCAAGAAGAUUUACUGAUUUUUCCAUUAAAAGUAUUUUAGGUUGUUAA